GCUUUGGUCUGACGUCACACCUGACCACAAUUCAAAGAGCAGCAUUGUGGGAGUUUUUGCAAAAAUGUGUGUUGCUUGCUGCAGAAAAUGAGAAAACUGAUAUAAAAGAAUUGGGGUUUUAUUCAUAGUAACUGGAUAAACAAUAAAAAGCCGCAGCUGCGGCUCGGUAGCUACAGGAGCAGGGUUUCAGUGACAGCACUGCAUCUCUCAAAAUGGAGCUGUCGGCUGUUGAGAGAGCGAAGACAUUUUGGUCUCAGGUGGAUGUGGACUUGGCUUUUGAGGAGCUGUUGGGAUUCCUGAUGUGUCUGAGAGAAGCUAUUAAAAACAAAGCUGCCUCGGAUAAAGGCUACGUCCAGGGCAUGAACAUUAUCAUGGAGUCGGAGGUGUCGCUGACUGCAGCUUUGAGGUCUGAUUCCUUUGAGGAGGUGCUGAUCGGUGAAGGUGUUAUAGUUGGUGAAGACAUACUGACAGUGUCUGUCUCAGACUCGCACUGCACUAUACUGAAAAUGAAGGAUCUACCUGUGCCAGAAGACGCCUUACAUGACGAUGUCUCAAGGAACCUGGAGUCCGGUUCAGACAACAGUCAGAUGUCUUCAUCAGGUCGAAAUGAUGCUAUGUUAUUAGGGAAGUUAGACACGUAUGACUAUAUGAUGCUGCUGUCGCCAGCUAAUGUUUUAUCUGAUGACCAGUUGGCCCCUGUGUCACCUGUCCAGCUUUCCUAUCAACAGCACGACUGCAGCCCAGCCUGUCUCCCUCACCUCCCGUCUCACUCGGACACUUUUCUUGGCCACAACCCCUUGCAAGUUCCUCUUCUCUGCCACUUCCAGCGGCAUUGUGCCAAGCCACUGAUGCUUUCACCACACGAGGAACUGGACUCGAACGUGCUCUACAAAGCCCCGUGUGGGCGGAGCUUGCGCCGCAUGGAUGACGUGUAUCAGUUCUUACAGCAGACUAAAAGCCUCGGGGUCCUGCACCAGACCAACUUCAGCUUCAAUUCGCAGGUACUGCCAGAGCGGCAGGCCCAGCCAAGGCCGCUAGCCCCUGCUUCACCUCUUCCCACAACCAGUAUUUCUGAGAGAGACAUAAGCCGUGGGAUUGAAUCUGUCCCGGUUACUCUGUGUAAUGACUUGGACGGUGUACGGCCAAAAGAGUUUCGCUAUCGCAAGGAUCGCUGGCCCCAUGGCUGCUUCUUAAGCACGGCGCCAUUUUUCCUGAGCUGCUGUGACUGCACAGAUGGAUGCACGGACAGUUCCAGCUGUUUGUGUCUUCAGCUGUCUCUAAAGGCUGGCGCAAAGCCAGACCGGCUUUACAGCCACCACCGGCUAAAUGAGCCUGUGUCCACCGGGCUGUAUGAAUGUGGUCCAUGGUGUGGGUGCCCGAAAAGCAGUUGUCAGAAUCGUGUGGUCCAGCAUGGACUCCGUGUCCGCCUGCAGGUGUUUCGCACCAAUGACAAGGGAUGGGGCGUGCGCUGCCGUGACGACCUCGACAAGGGCACGUUCGUCUGUACUUACGCAGGUGUUGUCCUGAGACUCGGGCGGAACUUAGAGGAGCCGCUUCUCUCGAAAAUCCAGAAGGAGGAGCAGUUGUCGGAUGAUGAGGUGGAGGUAGUGGAGGAGUGGACGCUUCCCUCAGGGCAGAAGAAAACAGUCACUGAGACCCUGGACACCUCUCCACGUCCUUAUGUUCUUGUGAUCCAGAGGCCUGCAGACCAGCCCUCUGCACCGCUGGAUGGCCAGAGGGAACAGCUGGAGAAUUCGGAUAACCAGGAGGAAAUGAACACCUGUUCAUCGCCUAAUCCCAGUCAUACAGAAAUCAAACACCAGCACAAGGAAGAGGUGGUGAGGAAGAGGCUUCGGUUGGAUGGCGAGGAAAACGGUGGCGACGUACGUCGAGAUCAGAUGGUGCCUAAACCCGACUGUCAGGAAAAAAUGUAUUAUCUUGAUGCUUCAAAAGAAGGAAAUGUGGGAAGGUUUAUUAAUCACAGCUGCAAUCCCAACCUCUUUGUCCAGAAUGUCUUUGUUGAUACCCACGAUCCCAAAUUCCCAGUAAUUGCUUUCUUUACGUGCAAGCCAAUCAGGGCAGGGACUGAGCUGACCUGGAAUUAUUCCUAUAAAACAGGAAGUGAUCCCGAGCACGAGGUCCAAUGUCUGUGUGGUUCGAAUGACUGCCAAACGAUUAUCAUCUGAUCAUAUGACCACAUAUGUGAAAAGUUGGGUCAUCAGCAAGGGUAAGCAUAAGAUCUAAGGCGCAGAAACCAGGCAGAACUGUGAAUGUGAAAUCUGUGCCACAUGGUUAUUCAGUAUUCCUGAAAGUUGCUUUCAGCAGUAAAAGCUAAUUGGUGAAGACAGUUGGUGUUUGAUGGUGUUUCUGCACAGUUCUACUAAAAACAGACCUUCUUUAAUGGUUAAUAACGGCAAUGUUCUUUGUUUGUUUGCUUUUGUAUAACCUUUGAAAUAAAAACAUUUGAAAACACA